CUGAAAUUCACACCUUUCGCUAUUUUCCACUUCAGUUGCUGCUCAUACGUCGGAAGGCGUAGCAAAGAUGAGCCCCAGGCGAUCUCGAUUGGCAAAAACUGUGAUAAACGUGGCAUUGUAAUCCACGAAUUGGGUCAUGUGAUCGGCUUUUGGCACGAACAUACUCGACCAGACAGGGAUGGUGAGUUAUACAUAUCCCUUUAUCUCCGGCAGCCCUCAACUCAGGAGGCGCUUGGAUAUUGA